CUGGGGUCUGCGCGUCCAUUCCUUUCCUUCACCAGUCCUUGAAGGGGUCGUGUGCUGGGUUGAUAGCGGGGGGCAGCUCCUCUGAGUCGGGGUAGAACUCGAAGUUGCUCAGAUCAUCAGCAGACUGCACACGUCACAUGCAGACAGGCCAAAGGAAGGGAGGGGACGAAGACCAUACCAGCAUGUCUCUCUGAAAGUCUCUUUCUGUGCACGGCGUGUCGUCGUGUGAUGUCUGUGCCUUGAGGUGUGGUUUGUAUUUGACGGGGAGGCGUUUGUUGCGGAGGUCGUCGAAGUGGAUGGGGCCGAACCACCGGUGGUCCUUGACGUCCUGACUGCCGCCCUUCAGAUUGCCCAAACGCUUCGACAGAUCCGCCUGCAACAACUUCUUGACCAAAGAUUUCGCAUCGCUGCAUCAACACACGGACGGCCAGAGACCAACAGACGAACAGCUGUCUGUAUCUUUCUCUGUAUCUGCGAGCGGCCGACCGAUCGAAGAAUCGCGGGAAGACGAUUUUGCCAGCGAGGAUCUUCUGGUAGAUGCCCAUGGGGUCCUCAUCAACGAAGGGCGGGUAGCCCACGAUCAUCUCGUAGAUCAGAAUGCCCAGCGUCCACCAGUCGACUGGCUUGCCGUGACCUGGAUGCACGACACAUAUCCAGCUGCGUGUCUCUCUCCAUCUUUUCCUCGCUGUCUCUCUGGGUGCCUGGCGCCGACCCUUGUUGAGUAGGACUUCGGGAGCGAUGUAUUCGGGCGUGCCACACAGCGUGUCGGUGCGAAACUCCACCACCUUUGCGAAACCGAAGUUCGUCAGCUUCACGUACCCGUCCCUGUCCAACAACAUGUUCUCUGGCUUCAGGUCCCUGACGUGACGUCAACACGGAGACACACACAUGACGUGACAUGACAUGACAUGACAUGACGAGACAGGAAGGCAGGCGCGCUCGUGUCUCCUUCUCCUUCUCCCUCUCUCUGUCUUUGCCUGCCUGUAUAUGAUGUUUCUGGAGUGGAGGUAGUCGAAAAUGUCGCAGAUUUGGGCCGAGUAGAAGCGGGCACUCUCUGUGUCGAAGCGGCCCUGACGCCGCAGGUGUGUGAAGAACUCACCCCCGCCAACCAGCUCCAGAAUGAGGAACAGAUAGCGGUCAUCCUGGAACGACCCGUAACAGCGCACCUGCAAUCACAGGACACCAACAUCACAUCCACGAUGGAUCCGUAUGGUUCUUUCGUUCUCUGUUGGUGUCCGUGUGUAUGUGGAAGAGCUGACUGUGAGUGGGUGGUCGAGUAUGAGGAGGAUGUUCUUUUCGUUGUUGAUGUGGUCGACUUGCUUCAUCUUGAUGAGGGCGGCCUUCUUGAGGCACUUGAUGGCCAGACGGUCGGGCAGGUCCGAACCAUAGUCGGCCCUCUUCUUGUAGCGGGCGACGCGCACACGGCCAAACGAACCUGCGGCCAUCCACACGAACCAGAGGGGCAUGGUGCAUGCGUGGCUGUGCAUUGGGGAAGAGCCCCCUUCUCUGCAACACCCAGCCCUCAUGCACCCAUCACGCCGGCCGACUGCUACUCAGGCAGGAAUGCACUCACCUGUGCCGAGUGUCUGCCCCCACUCAAAAUCAUCCUUGGUCACGUUGUGGGGAAGAAGCACCUUAGGCGGCAU